UGACCUCUGCCCUGUGCUGGUGUCUUCUCUCGACACAGGGCACGUGUGCGACAAUGCCGACCAAAGGAGGACGACGAAGAAAGACCCGCACGCAUGUCGUUGGGCCUCCAUCAGGAGCAGUCGGGGCCCCUGAGAGUGAAAUGACGGAGAAAGUCCCGAAGAGUUUCGUCCUGAAGAAGGGCAAGGUCCAUUCCAACGUGUCCGACCUUGCAGAGGAGAUGCGGAGGGUCAUGGAACCGCACACAGCGCGCAAGCUGCGAGAGCGCGCCAAGAACACCGUGAAGGACUACGUGUCGGUGUCCAGUGUGCUCGGCGUUACCCACCUCCUAGUGUUCACACAGACGGACAAGAGCCUGAGCUUGCGCGUUUGCCGAACACCAACUGGACCUACCCUUACGUUCAAGGUUCAGCAGUUCUCCCUCAUGCGGCACGUGCGAGCACUGCAAAAGCGACCGGUGGAGGUGAACCAGGCGUACAAGACAUCUCCUCUGGUCGUGCUCAACAACUUCGGGGACAAGCAGGCAUCGUCUCAAGUAAAGCUGAUGAAGGUUACUCUACAGAACAUGUUUCCAUCGAUCAACGUGGCGACGGUCAAGUUGCAAGAUUGCCGGCGAGUGGUUAUGUUUAACCUCGACAAGACCAAUGGCACGGUCGAAAUGAGACACUUCGCUGUUCGCGCCACCCCAACAGGCAUCACCAAGGCAAUUAAGAAGGUGGUGCAGGCGAAGGUACCCGACUUGCACGGUCUGGAGGACAUCAGCGAGUAUGUCGCGGGAGGCAUGGGAGGAGGAAUAUCAGAUAGCGAGGUUGAGGAUGAGGAGUCCAAGAUCACGUUGCCGGAUGACUACGUCGGUCGAGGAAACGUCAAGUCGCAGAAAAGUUCAAUCCGCCUGCAGGAGCUCGGGCCGCGGCUUACUCUUGAACUCAUGAAGGUGGAGCGAGGUCUAUGCGAGGGAGAGGUCCUGUACCACAGUUAUGUGACCAAGACUGCGGAAGAGAUCAAGGCGCAGCGAGCGAAGGUGGAAAAGAGAGAUAAUCUCAAGCGCAAGCGCCGCGACGAGCAAGCAGAGAACGUAGCGCGCAAGAAGCAGGAAGCCGAAGAACUAGCGGCAGCAAAGGCUGCUCGAAGGCUUGAGAGGGCGCAGCAAGCAGCGGCUGAAGGAGACGCGGACGAGGAAGGCAGCGAAAGCGACGGAGAAAGUGGGGAAGAGGAGACUGUUGGAUCAUGUGUUGGCGACACGAUCUGGCGGUGGUGCCGUUCAUGCUUAAGCGUUUCUUUCACUCAUGCGCGACCAAGCUUUGUGGCAGCGAUUGUUCUGCACACCAUUGCAGCUCAAGUAACCCAUACUGAUCAUCAGGCGACAACAGUGUAGAAGUACGUCGUAGAAAACGAUUGCCAGGGGAUCGUGGCUCCGAAAUUGAGUAAAGAAGCGAAAGGAGCAUGCCUGCCUGUAGUGGAGCAGCGCAGCGCAAAGCUGCGGAUGUCGGACAUCAAGUGAGACAUGCCAACUGAGCCAGCAACUGCAC